UUACAACCACACGUAGCUUAGCUCUGUUGUGUAUCCAGGCAGCAGGGAGCUAAUGAGAUCUUCUUACCUAACGGCGUAAAAGACGCCUUAAAGAGGAUUUUACUUGUCAAAUUAGACAAUACUGUGAAUAUGACAGACAUGUUUGCGACUACGGCGAGUGGCAGCCGCCGUGACGGCUCUAAAAGUGACUCAGAGCGGCCUCAGACCACCGCAACGACGGAGUACUGCGCAGAGUUGCAGCAGUGGAUGUGGCAGUAUUACUGUGGCUAUGCCAGCUGGCAGAGCUGGAUGGCUCUGUCAGCUUUACCUUUCUCUCCUCCGUGGUUUCCUCCAAGUGUUCACACACCUGGUGCACCUGCAUCGAGCUCCGGUGGUGGGCAGCCGGCUUUUGACACCUUAAACCGGUACAGUUACCCCUAUCCCCCCAGCUACCCAGCGUCCUACCCGCAUCUAGGUGCUGCCCAGACCUCAGCUACUGAUGCCAGCCGGUCAGCCCAGCAGCAGCAGCAGCAGCAGCAGCAGCAGAAUGGGAAUCCACCUCAGGCAGGACGGGAGUACACCAUCCCCUCUCCUCUCCAGAGGUUCCUAGCUGAGACAGUGGACUUCUUUAUCCUGUUUUGCGUAAAGGCCACCAUCGUGCUGUGGAUCAUGCAUCUGAGUGGUAUGAAGGACAUUGCCAAAUUCAUCACCCACUUCAUUGUGGAGGAGAUAGAUGAGAACACGUCCAUGGAGGACUUGCAGAAGAUGAUGGCUGUAGCUCUGGUCUACAGGGUGCUAGUGUGCAUCUACGAGACUAUCUGUAUCUGGGGUGCUGGUGGUGCCACGCCAGGGAAGUUCCUGCUCGGCCUGCGGGUGGUGACGUGCGACACAUCCACUCUGGUCCGACCCAACCGAGUCCUUGUAGUCCCAGCAUCUAAUGUUUCCCUCUCUGCCUCUACGGUGCGGGCACUUAAUAAGAACUUCUCCAUCGCCUUCCUCUUUCCCGUCUUCAUCACUCUCCUCUUCUUCCAGCACAACAGGACUGUGUAUGACAUUGUGGCGGGGACCAUUGUUGUCCAGCGCAGAGGGGUCAGAUAGCCUCGCCUCAGGCAGCAGCAGACUCUCUUAUACUUGACAGGAUAAAGGCAAAGCGCACACACAACCCACGUGUGCUGAGUGUCUUCAAUUUAAACAUUGAUAAAAGCAACGCAUUCGCCCAUUUCUUCACUGGAUCAAGAACUUAAACUGCACUUUACAAUUGGAUGCAUACAGGUUUAGGCCUGGGUCGUUGGAAUCAAAAGAGUCCAGCUUUUAGUUGUUGUUGUUUUUCUUUUUUUUUUACCACUGAAUCAACAAAUAAGCUGUCAGAAAACCCUCUAAAGUAUUGUGAUUUUUGAUAAGCGCAAAAUAUGUUCAGCUGAACAGGGUGCUGUCAAAUGUUCCCGGGAUGUCCAGAGACUUUUCCUCACAUUAUGUGAAUCUUCUAAUGUUUGCUCAUAAUAUAGUUUAUUUUUGUGAAGCUUAAAGUCCCUAUGUGUAGGAUUCAAUUAUUAAUCUUCUACAGACAGAAACGUAUGCCAUCAGAAUAAUUUGAUAAUAAGAUCACACAAGAGUUCUACACAUAAAGGGCUUUGGAGCAGGAUUCAAUGUCAGUAGGUUCUAAAAGUGUCAUUUUCUUAUAUGCAUUGUUCUUUUUCAUCAAGGUAGUAAGGGUGAAUCAAAUGUUUGGUUUGCUAAUGUUUUUUCUGUUGCAUUGUAAUUAUUCGCAAGCACUCAGAUUGAAGAAAAAUAAGGACAGGCUUACUAUUUUCAUUCUUUGUUCCUAUAGAUAUUUUGAUGAAGAAGUAUUGUUUUGUUAUUUGAAAUGUAACGAUACAAACUUUUCUCCCCGUUGUGUGAGGUAUCAGGGCCGCUGACUGUCUGAACUGCAUCAUUGAAUGCCACUGCUCAUGUCAGAUUUCUACUUAUGCAUAAUGUAAAACUCAUCUGGCAUCAAAGAUUAUUAAUGAGUUCACUAACAUCCACAGUAUGGUGACUUAUUAGUAUCAUAAUAAUAAUAAUCAUACACGAUUUAUGCAGAAUGUUGAGGCCACAAUCAUAUGAUUCAUGGUCUCAAAUAUCCACGUGUUCACAUUUGAAAGACAAACUAAUUCAAAUAUUUUUAUAAAACUAAUUGUAUCGCACAUAUUAUCUUAUUUAGCAGGCACAUUUUGAUAAAACCUAAAUAAAACAGCCACCUGCUGAUCUAGCAUUUACACAAUGACAACUUAUUACCAUUUAAGGAGAUAGCUGUUGAAGAUUGAAUAAAAGAUUCUUCUUUAAGAUGAUCACUUAAA